UCACAUUUUCCAACGCCAGUGUUCAAGUGAGGCUAUUUAACGUGGUGGUUUGAAUAUGUACAAAUCAGUGGUGAUACUUGCCAUCAUUGGCCAAGUAUUGACUCAGGACUGUGGUAUAUGCCCACCGGGAGUAUGUCAGCUAGAUGCCAGAUGUGCUGGAGUACAAGAUCCAAUGAAUCCUCUUAAACUGCCACAUACGGAUUGUGGAAAGUUUUACAAAUGCAGUGGAGGCUUCGCCUGUGAGAUGAGUUGUCCUGCAGGACUGCACUGGAGCUCCACGCUUAACCGAUGUGAAUGGCCUCAUAUUGCUUGCUGCGAUGAAAAUGUAGUAUGCAGUCCUUGUCCAGAACAAUGCGUAACAGGUAGCACUACGCCAACUACUACUUCUACUUCGACUACCACUACUAGUAGUAUAACUACAACUCCAUCAACUACUGUUGAUCCUUGUUACCCAUGUGUGACACAAUGCGUUGACGAUGCGAGAUGCCCUAUAACUGAAAACCCCAUGGUACCAACGCUCCUGCCGCAUGAAAAUAAUUGUACCAAUUUCUACAAAUGUUCCAAUGGUCAACGUUGUCUGAUGUCUUGCCGCACGGGCGAGCAUUUCAGCGUAGCGCUACAAAGAUGUGAAUGGCCCAACUUUGCUUGCUGUGAUGCAACGUUUCCAUGUGAACCAUUCCCUAAUCCAUCUGACCCUUGCUGGCCGGACGGGUGUCCUGUUCUAAACUGCCGACCUGAUAUUGGGUGCCCAAUCACGGACGACCCAAUGAAUCCAAUUCAUCUAGCCAAUCCAGCCAGCUGUCUGUCCUUCUACAAAUGUCUGCUAGGAGAAGCAUGCCUCGUUGAAUGUCCGGCUGGUCAGCAUUGGAGCCAGGAUUUGAAGCGUUGCGAGUGGCCUAAUAUUGCCUGCUGCGAUUCUGGCGUAGUUUGCUGUGCACAGUGUUCGGCCGGAAGACGACAAGAGCUAGCUCGACUUUUCGGAAUUAAAAUGUACAACUAAUUCAUCAUCUUUAUCGUACCUUUUCAAAAAAAAAUGGAAUUGGGUGACAUACGACAUUGCUAUAUUUUGCUCUAUUAUUGGCAAAAUGAGUACUAUCUAAUGUUCUACGAAUCGUUCACGUGAUUCUCUGUUAUACACAUAAUGCCGAAGCAAAAUUAGAGCAUAAUAGCUUUUAGAGAACCUAUGUGCAUUUCUAUAAUAAGAUCUACCAAAUAUAUUAAUUGAUAUUUAUAAUAGAAGAGCAACGAAAAUCUUAAUUAUCGAAUUCCCAACCCAAGUAAACAUUUCAAAGCUUCAUGAAUUUAUGUAGGUAUACAAUGGUUUUAUCACAGCUUUGUGCGAUGCCGCAAUAUUAGCUUUAUUGGUAUGCUCAUAAUUAUUUUCAAAACCGUAAUAAAUCAUUUAUAUGCGUA